AUGAGCACCUCACUGACGGUUAGUGCACCCUAUUCUUCACAGGGUCGAUUGCUUCACAUUUUGCCUGGAGAGGAGCCCUUGCUAGGAAAGCACUCUUCUAGCAAGGCGGGGGAUCUACCCGAUGGACAGUCCGGGAAUCGCCUCGAAUCGUCUGAAUUUCAAAAAACCAAAUUCAAGCGGCUCAAAGACUCCGCUGGUGUGGCUCACAAUUGGAACACCUUGUUCAUUCAACCGGACGCGGUUGCGACGUAUCUUGCUGCAAAAUUCAAUUUGACUAAGGAACAAGUCCUCGCUCCUUCAGGACGCGGUUCAGUUGCUGUGCGGUUGGCUCAUAGCGAAACCCAACUGGUUGCGGAAAUGCGCGAAUUUCUACAGAAAAAUGGCGUAGAUCUGGAUGCUUUCAGGGGACUAGAAGCAGAGGCCCUUCCCGGAGCCGGUCGUCGUGAUCGUUUGGAAGCCACGGCAACCUCCACUCUCCAUCAGCUAUCCGGCACCGCAUUCCUCAUCAAAAACCUCCCAGUGGGGACGACGGAAGCUGAAGUGAGGGAACUGUUGUCCCGUUACACUAAACGGGCAACCCAGGAUGACUCCGAACCUCGUGUCAUAGGGGCCGAUCCACGCCGUGUUAUCGUCCCCCCACUUGGCAUCACCGCCAUCGUCCAGUACGCCUUGCCACAGCAGGCGCGCUUUGUGUACCGAACUCUCGCCUACGAGCCGUUUCGGGAUAACAUAUUAUAUCUGCAAUGGCUCCCGCACGGAGCUCUAAAAACUGAACCCGCCUCGACUCCAGAAGAACAAGACCCAGCCACCACCCCACGAAAAAAGAGGAACCGCACAAUUCGUUUUCUAGUUGGAUUGUCUUCGUACCAGAUGCCGCAGAGCUUUGCCACAGCGUUUACCGUGUUCGUCUUGGUUGCUGCCACUGGUUUGCGUGACGACGUUAUCGGAUCACCCUACAGAACCAAUUAA